AUGUCCCUGCCCCCACCUGUGAUCCCGGCCCAUUCCUGGUGGGCUCUGUGCAUCCAGGUGGUCCUGGGCCGAUCCCUGCAGGUGUGCACAGGUGUCCCAUGGAUGCAAUGUCACCUGGCCCUGCCCUACCUGAUCCCUGAACUCUCGGUUGGCUCCUUGCCCAUCCCAGUGCCCACUCCAGGUGUGUGCUGCAGGUACUGCCGGCUGCGGAACUGGAACACGCUGUUCGUGUGUGGCACCGAUGAAUACGGCACGGCCACGGAGACGCGGGCGCUGGAGGAGGGGCUGAGCCCGCAGGAGCUCUGUGACCGCUACCACGCCGUGCACGCCGACGUCUACGCCUGGUUCCGCAUCUCCUUCGACCACUUUGGCCGCACCACCACGCCCCAGCAGACCAGGAUUGCCCAGGACAUCUUCCAGCGGCUGCUGGCGCGGGGGUUCCUGCUGCAGGACACGCUGGAGCAGCUCAGGUGUGAGAGCUGUGGGCGGUACCUGGCUGAUCGCUUCGUGGAGGGCACCUGCCCCUUCUGUGGCUAUGCCGAGGCUCGUGGGGACCAGUGUGACAAGUGUGGGAAGCUCAUCAACGCCGUGGAGCUCAAGAACCCCCAGUGCAAGCUCUGCCGUGGUACCCCGGUGGUGACGCCCACCCAGCACCUGUUCCUGGACCUGCCCAAGCUAGAGGGGCAGCUGGAGGCCUGGCUGGAGCGCAGCUGGGCCUCAGGUGACUGGACGGCCAACGCGCGGCACAUCACGCGCACCUGGCUGCGGGACGGGCUCAAACCGCGCUGCAUCACCCGCGACCUCACCUGGGGCACCCCAGUGCCCCUCGACGGCUUCCGUGACAAGGUGUUCUAUGUGUGGUUCGACGCUCCCAUCGGGUACCUGUCCAUCACAGCCAACUACACUGAGCAGUGGGAGCGGUGGUGGAAGAACCCCCAGCAGGUGGAGCUCUACAACUUCAUGGCCAAGGACAACGUCCCCUUCCACAGCGUCGUGUUCCCCUGCUCGCUGCUGGGCGCCGAUGACAACUACACCCUGGUGAAUCACCUCAUCGCCACAGAGUACCUGAACUACGAGGAUGGGAAAUUCUCCAAGAGCCGGGGUGUGGGUGUGUUUGGGGACAUGGCCAAGGACACCGGGAUCCCUGCCGACGUCUGGCGCUUCUACCUGCUGUACCUGCGGCCCGAGGGCCAGGACAGCGCCUUCUCCUGGGCCGACCUCCUGCUCAAGAACAACUCAGAGCUGCUCAACAACCUGGGCAACUUCAUCAACAGGGCUGGCAUGUUCGUGUGCAAGUUCUUCGCGGGUACCGUGCCCGACAUGGUGCUCACAGCUGAGGACCAGCGGCUCCUGGCCCGGCUCACCUUGGAGAUCUGCCAGUACCACCAGCUGAUGGAGAAAGUCCGCAUCCGUGACGCGCUCAGGUGCGUGCUCAGCAUCUCCCGCCACGGCAACCAGUACAUCCAGGUGAACGAGCCUUGGAAGCGCAUCAAGGGCGAUGAGAGGGACAGGUAGGGAUGGAUGGGGCACAGAGGGG